AUCGCUUCCAGGUCGGGGGAGGCGGAAAGAGGCUUCCGGCGGGAGGAUGCAGGGGGUGGCCCGGCGCCGAUAGCUCGCCGCCGCCGUGGGCCCGGGCGGCCGCGCUGGGCGCUGCCGGGCAGAAGAUGUUGGUAUACUUCUGGGGGUUCCUGUACAGCAACUACCUCCGCUUCUGGCUGAAGUGGAUCGUGAGGCUGCUGACGCGCAAAUGCGAACUGCAGCGGCUCCUGGACGGCUCCGCGGCGGGCGCCCGGCGGACGCUGAGCGUAGAACACUCACUGGAAUCGUCAAAGAAUAAGGUUUUGAGGAAUGCUGUACAUGCUGAGGAGGCUGAUGUGGAGAAGUGUGUCAAAGAUGUAAUGCAAGAGAAGAAAAUCGAACAGAAGGACACAGGGUUUAAGACAAAUCUGCAUCUAUCCUUACUGCAGAUAUCAGGGUACAAAAAACUUUAUCUGAACGUGGAAAACCUGAGGAAGGUCCCUUACGACUCGGAGAACAAAGAACACGAGGAACAGUUAAUUGAGCUUUGGAAUUUGCUGAUGCCUCAUGAGAGCCUGAAGGCCAGAAUCUCCAAGCAGUGGUGUGACAUUGGCUUCCAAGGUGAUGAUCCCAAAACAGACUUCAGAGGAAUGGGCCUGCUGGGAUUAGUGAAUCUAGUGUAUUUCAGUAAGCAUUACACCGACGAAGCUCGGCAGAUCCUUUCCCGGUCAAACCACCCACAGCUGGGAUAUUCUUAUGCAAUAGUUGGGAUCAAUCUAACAGAAAUGGCCUACAGCUUACUUAAGAACGGUGCUUUGAAGUCUCAUCUGUACAACAUGGUCUCUGGAUUGCCACAGAUGGAGCACUUCCAUCAAUUUUACUGUUACCUGGUUUAUGAGUUUGACAAGUUCUGGUUUGAAGAAGAACCAGAAAGCAUUAUGCACUUCAACCACUACAGGGAGAAAUUCCAUGAGAAAAUCAAGAGCCUCCUCCUGGAUUAUAACGUGGUACUCACCUUACAAAACACAAAGAAACCUUGAACUGCUCUGCAGCCUGGGAGGUUCUGCAUCAAAAGAAAGAAAGGAAUUGCUCAUUUGGGUGAAAGUUUUGCAGCUUUCACCAAAAACUGGUUAAAGA